CUGGCCCGAGCGGUGAUUGCGGCGCGCCUGUGUCAGUCCCGGGAGAGAGCGCUGGUGGCGGGCCGGGCCAGCGGACAGCCGCAGGUGGGGCCUGGAGCGGUGGCCGGAUCGAGGCAGCCCCGCAGCCCCCCGCGGGAGCCAAGAUGCCUCGCGGGGACUCGGAGCAGGUGCGCUACUGCGCGCGCUUCUCCUAUCUUUGGCUCAAGUUCUCUCUCAUCGUCUACUCCACCGUGUUCUGGCUGAUUGGGGGCCUGGUCCUGUCGGUGGGGAUCUACGCAGAAGCUGAGCGGCAGAAAUACAAAACCCUCGAGAGCGCCUUCCUGGCCCCGGCCAUCAUCCUCAUCCUCCUAGGGGUGGUCAUGUUCAUCGUCUCCUUCAUCGGGGUGCUGGCUUCCCUGCGAGACAACCUGUGCCUUCUCCAGUCGUUUAUGUAUAUCCUGGGCAUCUGCCUGGUAAUGGAACUUAUUGGCGGUAUAGUGGCCUUGAUCUUCCGGAACCAGACCAUUGACUUCCUGAAUGACAACAUCCGGAGGGGAAUCGAGAAUUACUACGACGAUCUGGACUUCAAGAACAUCAUGGAUUUUGUUCAGAAGAAGUUCAAGUGCUGUGGCGGGGAGGACUACAGAGACUGGAGCAAAAACCAGUACCACGACUGCAGCGCCCCUGGGCCCCUGGCCUGCGGGGUACCCUACACCUGCUGUAUCAAGAACACGACAGACGUUGUCAACACCAUGUGUGGCUACAAAACAAUCGACAAGGAGCGCCUGAAUGCACAGGACUUCAUUUAUGUGCGGGGCUGCACCAACGCUGUGCUGUUAUGGUUCACGGACAACUACACCAUCAUGGCGGGCCUCUUACUGGGUAUCCUGCUUCCUCAGUUCCUUGGUGUGCUGCUGACACUACUGUACAUCACCCGUGUGGAGGACAUUAUCUUGGAGCAUUCUGUCACGGAUGGAUUGCUGGGACCCGGGGCCAAGUCCAGCACAGACACGGCAAGCACCGGGUGCUGUCUGUGCUAUCCCGAUUAGGACCUGGCCGGGCACAGCAGCCCUAGCCCGACUACUGCAGAGUGCAUCGAAGUCCACACAAGCUGGACUGGACGAGUCGCAGCUCCUCUGCUUACCCACGGCACUGACCAAAGCCCAGGGUGGAUGUGCCUGCGCCUAGUGUCUGAUGGCCUCUCCUCCCAGGGGAAAGCUGAACCCUGCGGGGUCCCCGGGGAUCACGGACAGCCCAGCUCUGGUUCUGAGCCUCAGAGGAAGAAGCUCGGGACUUAGCGUGGACUCUUUUUAUUCUGGCAGUGCUAUGACCAGUGGUCAUUACGCCCCUUCAAGGGCAGCUUUGCAGUGAUUUUUUUUUUUUUAAAGGCGAGAAAGAAGUGUGUCUGUCCUGUGGGGCAGGCAGUGCUGGGUGCAGCUCUGGUAUCCUGCUCUAGAUGUGAGGUUGGACCGUGUCUCAAAUUCCCAGGUGCCUUGAGUCCUCUGUAAGGCUCCUGCUUCUCCCACCCAUUUUCUAUGUGGUUUUCUUUUAUAUAACCAUGUUUUGUAUACAAUUAACAAGAAGUUCUGGCUACUCAAAAACUAGCCACUUCAACCCAGUCCACUCAUCCCCUCCCCCUUAGUUCAUUAAUUGAACAAUAAAGAGGUGGCUUUUUUGGGGGGUGGCCUUUCAUUUGUCUUAUUUAGAAGUCUCUUAUCAGGUUGAAAAAAGGCUGCCCCAGGUGAAGAUUGGUAAAGUUUGGAACGCUGAGGGCAGGGAUGAAGUAUUCGUAUUUCACUCACUGGGGGAAACUGAGGAUGAGUAGUAAGACCUAAGACACCACAUGUAGAGAAAUUGGUUACAUGGAGAAGUGGCUGAAUUCAGGGACCUGGAAGGAUAACGGUAUCUACUUGUCUACCGGUGUUAUUGAAAGUAACUAGAAAGUAACAGUGGUAGGGAUCUGUAGACUGUAUACAGGGACCAGUGCCAAACAAAGCUUGGUGCUGGCCGCCCCCUGCUGGAGACAGCAGCCCAAGCGCUUGUCACCCCAAGCCUACCCGGGUUUCUAGGUUUUCUGUGAGAUUCUUAGGGCAAUAGCUAUAAAGGAAGAAUCUCAAACCAACUAAGCCUGGGGUAGGAAAUUCCCCUAACCAGAAAAGCUUGGGUUCCAAAUGAGGAGGGGUGGAGGCGGGACUUUAUAAAGGGCACCAUGACCAUGAACACAUCAGAGGCCAGUUGAAGCCAGCCCUAAACUUUUAGCAGACUCUCCUAGGUGUGCAAAACCAUGCGCGGCCGGGGCUGCUGCUCCUGUGCUCCCUAAGGAUGCUUCUGCCUAUCACCGUUUGGUUAUUGAAAUGGGAUCUCAUGUAGUCCAGGCUGGCCUCCAACUCGCUGUGUAGCCGAGGAUGACCUUAAACUUCAGAUUUCUGUGCUCCAUUCUUGUGAAUGCUGGGAUUCCAGGUGUGUUCCGCCACACCCCGCUUCCGGGGGCUGGAAGUUCUUUGUCUCUUUGGCCCCACUGAGCCCUUUGAUCGGGACACUGGGCUGGGUGGUGGGCCUUCUGAGGGGACAGAUGGCUGUGGUACAACAAUAUGGCUGGGACACUCAGAGGUGGCUUGGGACCAGAGCCUGGUGACUCUCAUUCUCUCUCUGCCACCAAGGAUGGAGGUGGUGCCUACCCAGCCCUGAGUCCCUAUAUGCCCUCUGACUGACAAAUGCCUUUGCCUCUUAAGAAAAAACCAAACCAAAGAGCUUUGCCAGCCAGUCUCCGGGGUCACCUACCAUGGCACCUCUGUUACCCAAUGCCAAGGACACCAUCUUGCCUCCUUGUCUCUCAAGUAUAGAGAAUAACCUUCAAGGGGCUGGAGAGAUGGCUCGUCAGUUAAGAACACUGACUACUCUUCCAGAGGUCCUGAGUUCAAUUCCCAGCGACCACACGGUGGCUCACAACCAACUGUAAUGGGAUCCGAUGCCGUCUUCUGGAGUCUGAAGACAGCGAUAAUGUAUUCAUAAAUAAAAUAAAUAAAUCUUUAAAACAAAACAGAAUAGCCCUCAAGACUAGUGCCUUUCCUCGUCCACGUAGGCUUCAGUUUUGAAGAUUUUUGUUACAAGAAAAAUUCAAUAAGGGACGCUGGCUUCUUGUGAAAAUUAAACAAAACCAAAACAAACAAAAAAAACCAACCUGUUCAGGAACCUUCCUUUUGAAAUAUACACAGCACAAGUAAAUAGUAGUUUGCUGGGCGUGGGGGCUGAUGCAUGCCUCUAAUCCAGCACUCAGGAGGCGGAGGCAGGAGGGUUGUGAGGUCAAAACAAAACACCUAUGUAGGAUUGUCCAGUGUCCCUGUCUACCUUUGCCUGCCCUUCUGUGGACCAAAAAUAAACCCUUUCUUAAAUUGC